AUGACGUUAAAGUGUAAUAGUUGUAAUAUAGUUAUUAGCGAGUUAUUAGCAUACGUGCAAAACAAGCUGUCUGUAGCAGAUGAGGACAGCAUUGUUAGAAUAUGUGCUUCUACGUUCUCAUCGGAACAAAUUGAGGAUGCAAAAAACUUGCUCGUGAAUUCCCUACCGGCGGAUCAGCGCAAAACUACGAGGAAGGGUAAAGGCAAAGAAAAUCGCUCCAUGAACGAUAUAAUCGGCCUUUUUAAGGUCACCGACCCUGACGUUUUGCCAAUUUUCGUGGCGAGAGAUUUAGAUAAAUUGCCUCCGAUUACAUUUGAUCACCUGGACGUAUCUAAACUACUGAAGGAUCUGGCUGUUGUGCAGGCUGACAUUAAAAAUAUCAAGUCUUCAUACGUAACCGUCGACCAGCUGGAGGAGCUUAAAAGGGAGUGCCAACAUUUUAAGCAAACGUCGCCGCCCUUUUCGGCGGUAAAGGUGAAUAUGCGAAGAGGAGCAUAUCGGGACAGUGGUCCGAUUGGAUUGUCGCAAUUCGAUGAUACGAUUAUUACGAAUCAAAGUCAACAUCUUAACGGGGAACCGUCAUCUCCGAAAGAUUGUAAUCUGAAUUACAGAUGUAUAAAUUUUAUGGAGGGUAAUUAUAAAUCUCAAGUAACGGUCGGCAGCGUUGUCUCAGCUGGUGAAGGAGCGCGCGUCGCGGAACAAGUAAUCGGUGCGGUAGCGGGUGCGGGCCGGCCGAGUAUUGCAUCAUCGCCGACGCCCGCGCCGACCGAGCCACGAGCCAGCCCGCCAGCCAGCUCGGGGGCAGCGUCGAAACAGGCAGCGGGUGCAAUUGCGCGGUCGUUCGCCGAAGUAGCGAGCGCGGAGGGGGAGUGGAGAGUGGUGCGACGAGGCCAGAAACAAACGAGAUACCGUUAUACGGGAGCCGCGGGUGUCUCCAACGAAGAAAGUAAUUUUAAAGCGGCAGAUCGAAAAGUGCCCAUAUUUAUAACGAUGAUUCAUCGGGACACGACGGAAAACGAUAUUGUGCAAUACGUUUACGAUAAAACGAGAGAAAAGAUAAUACUCGAAAAGAUUUCCUUUAGUAAAGAAAACAAGGACUACAACGCUUACAAAUUUUUUGUAUCAGAGCGGAAAAUAGAUAUUUUCUUAGAUAAAACGCUUUAG